AUGUGGUCUCUUCUCGGUUUAUUUCUUGUUCCAAUCCUAGCUUUUCUAGGUGAGCCGUACACUCACGACGAGUAUGAAAACGAAAGCCAUAUCGAUCUUCUCUGGCGUGGAUAUAAGCAGAAAUUUAGUAAAAACUAUUCACCGAGAGAAGAAGUGUUGAGAAAGCGAUACUUCUUGAGAGCCUAUCGUGCUAUUCACAAGCAAAACGAUUAUGGAAUGGAGAAGGGCUUGCGGCUAGACUUCAAUCAAUUCAGUGACUUUAAUGAAGAGGAGAUGAGCAAGAGAUUGGGGUACAAAAUGAGUCGUGUGCAGUUGGUACAGAUCAAGAAAGAGGGAAAUGUGUGGGCGGAACCGAUGAAUGUAAAGGUUCCUGACGCGAUCGAUUGGAGAGACAAAGGAUAUGUGACUGAUGUGAAAAAUCAAGGACAAUGUGGAUCGUGCUAUGCGUUUAGUGCCACGGGUGCUCUGGAAGGUCAAGUGAAACGUAUGACUGGGAAACUCUUCGAACUCUCUGAGCAGAAUAUCGUGGAUUGCUCAAGUAAUUAUGGAAAUGAUGGCUGUGAUGGAGGUUUAAUGUCAUACGCGUACAAAUACAUCGCUGCAAAUGGAGGAAUCGAUACAGAGGACAGUUAUCCUUAUGAGGCUGCUAAGGAGACCUGCUCCUUCAACAAUGACACAAUCGGCGCUGAUGACAGUGGAUACACUGUGAUUAAAUCUGGAGAUGAGGAGGCAUUGAAGCUAGCUGUUGCCACAAUGGGCCCAAUCGCGGUGGCAAUCGAGGUCACAAAGUCGUUCUUCCAUUACAGCGAAGGAGUUUACUACGAUAAGAAAUGUAGCCACGAAUUGAAUCACGGAGUGCUUGUUGUUGGAUAUGGAACUGAGGAAGAUGGAGGGGAUUAUUGGAUCGUAAAGAACAGUUGGGGCAAAGAAUGGGGAAACGAGGGAUACAUUUGGAUGGCUCGAAACCGGGAGAACAACUGUGGCAUCGCCGAUAUGCCGAUUUUCCCCAACUAUAAAGCUGUU